UCCUGCUGUCUUUCUUCUCCUCCUCCUUGCUCGUUUCACACGCACACAAGGAGAGAGACAGAGAGAGUCCGAGGGAGGAGAGGAAGUGAAACAGAGAGUGGAUCGAGGAUGGAGAGGAGGAGGAAGGCAAUGUGGCUGUACCCCAAGGUGGUCGGCUUCAACCCUCCAGAAAGAUGGGGGCACUCCGCGUGCUUCUUCGAAGGAGUCAUCUACGUCUUCGGGGGAUGCUGCGGCGGCCUGCAUUUCAGCGACGUCCUGACCCUGAACCUCAAGACGAUGGCAUGGAGCUCUUUGACCACGACGGGGCAGAGGCCCGGCACACGGGACAGCCACGGCGCGGCGCUGAUCGGCCACCGGAUGAUGGUGUUCGGCGGCACCAACGGCUCCAAGAAGGUGAACGACCUCCACGUGCUGGACCUGCGCACCAAGGAGUGGAGCAGGCCGCCCUGCAAGGGGACCCCGCCGUCGCCGCGCGAGAGCCACACCGUCACCACGGCCGCCGGCGGCGACAGGAUCGUAGUCUUUGGCGGCAGCGGGGAAGGGGAGGGCAACUACCUCAACGACGUGCACGUGCUGGACGUGCCCACCAUGACGUGGACCUCACCGGAGGUCAGCGGCGACGUCGUUCCCGCUCCCAGGGACAGCCAUGGGGCCGUCGCGGUUGGCAACAGGCUCUUUGUCUACGGAGGGGACUGCGGCGACCGCUACCAUGGCGAGGUGGACGUGCUCGACAUGGACAGCAUGACAUGGUCACGGUUGGCAGUUAAAGGAGCCUCACCUGGUGUCCGGGCAGGUCAUGCAGCUCUUGGCAUUGGGUCUAAGAUCUACAUAAUUGGAGGAGUUGGUGAUAAGCAAUACUACAGUGAUGCAUGGAUUCUUGAUGUCAUGAGCCGGUCUUGGACCCAACUUGAGACAUGUGGGCAGCAACCUCAGGGCCGGUUUUCUCAUUCCGCGGUCAUCAUGGAUACUGAUGUUGCAAUCUAUGGAGGAUGUGGUGAGGAUGAACGCCCCCUGAAUGAGCUACUCAUUCUGCAAUUGGGUUCCGGGCAUCCAAAUGGACGCUACAACAUCUCAAUGUGCAAGAUUUUGAGCAACCACUGGAGCCAGGAGAAGCGCAAGUUCUUGAGGGCAGAAAACCAGAGGGAUGCAAGUGCGAGCAAUGGGGACAUCGGCCAUAAACCUCGAGAAGCAGAAAUCAAGCAAAGAAGUACUUACAUCCGUGGUAUAGAGAAUGGCCAUGUGAAAAGAAGAAAAACUGGGGAUGUUGGUCCAAAUGAGAUCGAUCUGGAGCAGGAGGAGCACUCGCUGUCUCUUUCCCAACACUCGUCGCCUUCCCAGUCCGAUCAGGAGCAGAAUGCAGCUCAGAAGCUUUCAGGAUCUCCAAGAGGGUCAAUCUCAGGGCUGCAACCGUUCGUUCGUCUCAACAGCAACGGUUCUCUAAGGACUACAGGAGGAGGUAUGUCAGCAAGGCCUCUGAAGACCGACCAGUUUAUCCGCAACAUUGCACCACAGCAACGGCACGAGAUGCAGUUCCUAACAGCUGAACCUAAGCAGCACCUCCGGCCAUCGGGUCCAUCUCUUAUUGGAGCCGAGGUUCAGGGCACAAUCGAUGGAGCUUUUGAUUCGGGGUACCUCAUGACAGCCGUCGUCAACGGGCAACUCUUCAGAGGAGUUCUGUUUGCUCCUGGACCUGGAGUAACAGCUCCAAGACCUGCAAUGCAUCAUCAGAUUCUGAAUAGCUCGGCGGUUCCACCCCAUCAGCGCCCAGUGCUUGCUCAUGCGUUCCCCGUUCAUGCCCGACCGGUGCCGCAGGCAACAGGCUUCGUCCUGCCCGACUACGGUCAGCAUACGCGGCGUGGGUUCCCGGCCAAGGUCAUCAAGUCCGAGCAAGAGAGGAGCGGCAGUGACCUUCAUGAUGUUGUGCUCACACUCGGGGGGCCUGGAGGGGCCAAGUGAUGCUGUUUUCACAACACUUCGGGAUCCAGGCCGUGCUGUUCAUCUGUUAAACUUGCUCUGUAAAAUAGACCAUUCUAGUUGAGGAAAAUAAGCCUCGUGGCUGAGUGUAAUCGUCACUGAUCAUGGGCAGACGGCUUUGGUGGUCUUAGGGUUUGAUCUGCGGUUCUAUAUAUAGUGUUAGCUUGAUGAAAUUUAGUUUUCUCUCAGAGCCAUCUCUUCGAUGAUAAGUUUUGAGACUAGUGGUGAGUUUUCUGA